CGAGGCCUGGUGCGCGGAUCGCCCUUCUCGCGCCUCGUGGUGGCAGGAUUCGUCCUUAGGACGCACCCAGGAGAAGGAGGAAGGGGAAGAGUCAUCCCGCUGGAUUCGCACUUCGGCUCCCAGCGGGCUCGGGCAAGGAUCCCAUCGAAUAAACCAGGGUGGAGGAGGAUUAAUCCCAAAUAAAUAGGUGGUAGAAGAUCCACAGGAGGGUUGCCACUAAUAAAGGAUCCUUUUAAGGGGGAACAUAAUUUUCAAGGACGUCACGCGUCCUUCCAGGACCUCACGAGGGGAUUUAAACUCUUCCUUGCUGCAAGGAUGCAUUUAUGCGGAUGCAACUCAUCCUCCCACUUAUUGUACAUGUGAUAAGGAGGUCGCCGCGAAUGAAGGAACUUGGAGGUACCUCCACCUGGAUUUCGGCGAGAGGUCUGCAGAUUCGUCGAGUCAAAGUCUCGGAAAGCCCCCCUAGGAGAAAAUCGAAAUAAGCGGAUGAUCAGCUGAUCAGCUGAUCGGUCGAGGACCCGAUCGCCAGGCCACCAUGUAAACGCGUAGGCGUCCCGGAAGUAGCGUAGUGAUAACGUUAUCACGGGACAAUUCAUCCCGUCCUAUCCGGAGAAAAGUGCCGAGAUUAAUAGUAAUCCCACUUUCGGGGACCAUUUAUCACUGAUAAGGAGAGUCCUGGGGGAAUUUCGAGGGAGAUAGGGAAGGAAGGAAGCAUGGCGAGUCGCAUGAAGGCGUUGUACAACCAGGUGUUGUUUGAGAGGAGGAUACUUUUCGGGUGCACUGUUCUCGUCGGUCUUUGCGCUUGCUUUUGGGCGGUUUCCAUCGCUAUCGAUCAUUGGUACAUUUUGGAAUCGUCGGAUGGAACAGGAUUGACAUGUCUCGAGUCAAGAGGCAAUGGCAGUGUCGGGCUCUUCAAGUACAUGGGGCUUUGGAAGUACUGCGAGUACGGUACAGAGAGAGUCGACUCCGGGACCUCCACGGAGACUAAGCCAUAUGUGAUCUGCAAGUUCCACAACAUGUUCCCCGCGGAGACCCCCGCCAAGCAAAACGUGGACCUCGACCAGACGGUGUUGAACUACUCGAGGACCCAGGGCUCCUUUGCGGUUAUGAGCAUGGCGAUCAUGCUCAUGGGCUUUGGAUUCUCGAUUUACACCUUCCGGAAUCCUCGAUACAUGUUCAAGAGGCUCGCUGGGGGUAUUCACUUCAUCGGCGCCGCCUGCGUGAUGGUGGUGAUACAGGUGCUCUUAUCAGCUGCCGAGUACGAGAGCGACAGGUGCACAAGACAGUCAUCCCCUGAUGCGAUAAUGACCUACGACUAUUCCCUGAUUUUGGCGUGGUUCGUCUUUAUCGGGGUGCUGAUAUCAGGCUGCGCUUUCAUGAUCUUCUCGAAAAAGCGAAAGAGGGACAGAGCACCGACCGAAGAAAUCGCCAUGGCGGACGAGCCGACGAUAAUAGGUCGUUAAGACUAUUCCCCUCUUCUCUUCUUAUCACGUUAUCACAUUCGCGCACCUCGGCGAAAUUAAAUUCGCCCAGAGAUCUUCGCGGGUCUCUUCUUAUCGGAAUUUGCCUCUAAUCGUGCCAGCCUUCGACCAAUUAUCGAAUAGUCAUUUUUCUCAUCGUCUUUUCACCCCUUCUAACGUUAUCAAUCCGCUCUGAUAAGAGGUGGCGGUAACGCAGGUGCCUUUAAAAAAUCAGGGGCCGGGACAUUUUCUACCUUAUCGACUGCCUCGGAAAGAGCAAGGCCGUCCUUUGAUAAGAGCGACUGAUUUUGGGGAAAUCGUCAUUUGAUGAGUGUCUUCUUUUUUUUACAAAAGGAAAGAAAAAAGAUCAUUAUCUCGAAAAUGGACGGAUAAUCUUGUCGCAUAAGGAGGCGAAGAAAAAAAAAAAAAGUCGACCCUUGCCGCUAAUUUUAUCGAUAUCUUAGUGUUUAAUUAAAAUCCUUUCUACUUAGGCGUUUAAUAUUUCCAGGGAUUUCCCGGAGAUUUUCGGAAAAUCUUUUGGAGGGAUUAGAAAAUGAAUGAACUAUUGAGAGAGUGGAUGGAUUUCGAUGGUCGAUCGCCGAGACAUUUUUCGGAGCCCUACUGAUAAGCGUUGUCACUGAUAAUACUCGUGUACAUAGGCUAAGGCCGAGGUACACAGGAGAAUAAUUUUUUAUUUUAUUUAAUCGGCUUAAUUACAUGCUUAGAUGGUGUCCGGCUCCAUUUAACUUUCAGUGACGUCAUUCGCAAGGACGUUCAUUCUUUUCAUAUUUCUCUCUCUCUCUCUCUUUUGUCAUUUCUUACAAAGUUUAUUUUAUUUUAUUUUUUUCGGAAUUCUCGCACAGAGAAAAAUAUUCGGUUCAUCGAUACAAUCUUUCCUGGAUUAGCCAUUGAAUAUGGUUUACGAGAAGCAAAUGUCUCAUUACACCAAGUGUUAAAGUAAUUCGUUAUGUUUAACCAAAAUAUUCGGUUUAUUCCCUGAAAUGUUUUCUCAAAUUGACAAAUCCGUUCAUUUGAAACAGUUCAGUCGAUUGGCGCAAAGAAAUUUGGUCCGGUGAUGAAAUUUAAUUACUUAAGGUAAUUUUUUUUCUUUCCUUUAAAUGAACUUGAAUUUUGUUAAGUGAACCUAUUUUUUUUUUUUUUUCUUCGUGCAGAUUCGAAUUUACAGUAACGCUGAUUAAGGGGCAGUGCAGGUUUCGAGUAGAAAAUUACGUGAUUAGCCAGACGUCGGGCGAUCGUGCAUUAACGGUGCAAUUGUUAAUAUGGAUUGUCGGCGAGGACUUUUUCCAAAUUUUUAUACCUCUUAUCUCUUAAGGAACGCGUCGACCUCUCUACCUUUGCCGUGAGUCGACUUUACAAAAUUUAUAUANA